AUGCCGGGCGCCGGGGCGGCCGCGCUGGCCCGGGCGCUGCUGGCCUGGGCGCUGCUGGCCCUGCCGCCCGCCCUGCCCCAGCCCCAGCCCCAGCCCCAGCCCCAGCCCCUGCCCCAGCCCCGCGGCCCCCGGCGGGUGCAGGAGAAGGAGGCCCUCUUCAACACCACCUACGCCGACUGGGUGGACGCCGACCUGGUCAACAUCUACGCCUUCAACCACAGCGUCCGGAGGAACAGGACGGAGGGCGUGCGGGUCUCGGUGAACGUCCUCUCCGACCACAAGGACUUGCCCGUCCUCUUCGUGGUGAGGCAGAAGGAGGCCGUGGUCUCCUUCCAGGUGCCGCUCAUCCUCCGGGGCCUGUACCAGCGGAAGUACGCGUACCAGGAGGUGAGCCGCACGCUCUGCCAGCCCCAGACCAAGGCGGAGGUGGAGACCCAGCACUUCUACGUGGACGUCUCCACGCUGUCCCUCAACACCUCCUACCAGCUGCGGGUCACCCGCGUGGAGAACUUCGUGCUGCGGACGAACGAAAGGUUCAGCUUCAAUGCCACGGCCGCCCAGCCGCAGUAUUUCAAGUACGAGUUCCCCGAGGGAGUGGACUCGGUGAUUGUGAAGGUCACCUCGGCCAUGGCCUUCCCCUGCUCCGUCAUCUCCAUCCAGGACAUCCUGUGCCCCGUCUACGACUUGGACAACAACGUGGCCUUCAUCGGGAUGUACCAGACCAUGACGAAGAAGGCGGCCAUCACGGUGCAGAAGAAGGAUUUUCCCAGCAACAGCUUCUACGUGGUGGUGGUGGUGAAGACGGAGGACGAGGCGUGUGGGGGGGCUCUGCCCUACUACCCCCUCUCCAAAGAUGACUCCCCAGAUGAACCCGUGGAUCAGCACAACCGGCAGAAGAUGCUGGAGGUGAUGGUGUCGCCCGCCAUAACUUCGGAGGCCUACGUGAGCAGCGUGCUCUUCUGCCUGGGCAUCUUCCUCUCCUUCUACAUCCUCACGCUGGUCAUCGCCUGCUGGGAGAGCUGCCGGCAGGAGAAGAGGAAGGGGCUCCUGGCAGCCAUGGAUUCGCCCAGCCUGGACACGGCAUCUCUACUGGGGCACGCCUGCAGCAUCCCCGACUCCUUCCUAGGCCAUGCCCCCUACGACAGCUACGGUUACGGCUCCUUCGGGAACGGCUCCUCCGGCAGCGCCGAGGGCGUCACAGAUAGCAUGGGCUCCGUGGAAGUCCCCUACGGUUACGUGGGGCAGGAGCAGUUCAAGCGGCGCACGCCCUCCGCCCCGAUGAGGCCGCUGAGCAUUGCCAUGGGGGAGCGGUCGCUGGAGAACGUGGCUGGCCGGCCGCGCCUGGACUCGCUCAGCUCCAUCGAGGAGGACGACUACGACACGCUGGCUGACAUCGACUACGACAAGAAUGUCAUCCGCACCAAGCAAUACCUCUGCGUGGCCGACCUGGCCCGCAAGGACAAGCGGGUGCUGCGGAAGAAGUACCAGAUCUACUUCUGGAACAUCGCCACCAUCGCCGUCUUCUACGCCCUCCCCGUCAUCCAGCUCGUCAUCACCUACCAGACGGUGGUGAACGUCACCGGCAACCAGGACAUCUGCUACUACAACUUUCUGUGCGCCCACCCACUGGGGAACCUCAGCGCCUUCAACAACAUCCUCAGCAACCUGGGCUACGUCCUGCUGGGCUUGCUCUUCCUGCUCAUCAUCCUGCAGCGGGAGAUCAACUACAACCGGGCGCUCAUGCGCAACGACGCCCAUGCCCUGGAGUGUGGCAUCCCCAAGCACUUCGGGCUCUUCUACGCCAUGGGCACCGCCCUGAUGAUGGAGGGGCUGCUCAGCGCCUGCUACCACGUCUGCCCCAACUACACCAACUUCCAGUUUGACACCUCCUUCAUGUACAUGAUCGCGGGGCUCUGCAUGCUGAAGCUCUACCAGAAGCGCCACCCGGACAUCAACGCCAGCGCCUACAGCGCCUACGCCUGCCUGGCCCUCGUCAUCUUCUUCUCCGUCGUCGGCGUGGUCUUCGGCAAGGGGAACACCGUCUUCUGGAUUGUCUUCUCCGUCAUCCACAUCGUGGCCACCCUGCUGCUGAGCACCCAGCUCUACUACAUGGGGCGCUGGAAGCUGGACUCGGGCAUCCCGCGCAGGAUCCUGCACGUGCUGUACACGGACUGCGUCCGGCAGUGCAGCGGGCCCAUGUACGUGGAUCGAAUGGUGCUUUUGGUCAUGGGAAACAUCAUCAACUGGUCGCUCGCUGCCUACGGCCUCAUUGUCCGCCCCAACGACUUCGCUUCCUACCUGCUGGCCAUCGGCAUCUGCAACCUCCUCCUCUACUUCGCCUUCUACAUCAUCAUGAAGCUCCGCAGCGGCGAGCGCAUCAAGCUCAUCCCCUUGCUCUGCAUCAUCGGCACCUCGGUGGUCUGGGGCUUCGCGCUCUUCUUCUUCUUCCAGGGGCUCAGCACUUGGCAGAAAACACCGGCUGAGUCCCGGGAGCACAACCGCGACUGCAUCCUGCUCGACUUCUUUGACGACCACGACAUCUGGCACUUCCUCUCCUCCAUCGCCAUGUUCGGCUCCUUCCUGGUGCUGCUGACGCUGGACGAUGACCUGGACUGUGUCCAGCGGGACAAGAUCUACGUCUUCUAGGAGC